AUGGCUUCUACAACCAGUUUCUUUUACUUACCGCCAAAUAUAAUUCGGCAAGCAACAAUGUCGAAAACAUUAACAAAUAAAAAACGUUGUUUCCCCUCAUUUUUUAUUACUGAUAUACUUGGUGAUCGUAGUCGUUCAUCAUCACCAAAUCAUAAAAUUCGUCGAACAUCAACAAUAGAUAAAGAUGGCAAUGAAAGUCUCGAUGAAGAUGAUACAAUGUUACAUGAAAGUGAUGAUAAUGAAUCAGAUAUUGGUGAAGAAACUAGUACAUCAGAUAGUGGUGGUCAUGGCCUAAAUCAUAGUCCAUUGAAAACAAAUAAAAAACCACGUAAAGCUCGUACAGCAUUUACAGAUCAACAAUUAAAUUAUUUGGAGAAAAGUUUUGAAAGACAAAAGUAUUUAAGUGUUCAAGAUCGUAUGGAACUUGCUGCUUGUCUUAGUCUAUCUGAUACUCAAGUAAAAACAUGGUAUCAAAAUCGAAGAACUAAAUGGAAACGACAAACUACUGUAGGUUUGGAAUUUCUUGAACACCAGGGAAAUUUUGCAGCCGUUCAUCGACUAUUUCAACAUCAUACACAUGCUGCGAGCAAUGUUGGUAGUACACAUCCUUCUCUAUGGUAUUCUCCGUAUCUACCAUCUUAUUCAGCUGUUGAUGCACUUUUUACAUUUCAACAAAAAUCUUUAAGAGAGACAAAUAAAUCAUCAUGUGAAUCGUUAAAUUCUACUGUAACUAGUCCGAACAAAUCUGUUUAG